UGCCAAUUUGAGAAGAGGGAGAAGGAAGAAGGAGAAAGGUGGGAUUUUUAAUGGUACUUUCAUGAAUGAGAACGGAGACGGGGGGUCCUUUCGGGUGUGCUCGUGAGCGGGAGGCAGCAGAAGCGGUUUCCAUGGCGGCGAGGGACCGUCGGACAGGCGGCAGGGGCGGCGGCGACGUCUCGUGGAGCAGGUUCUUCUGGUGCACCAUCUUCGCCGUCCUUUCUUGCGUUCUCUUCACUGUCUUCACCUUCUCCACCCUUCGCCUCUCCUUCGGAGAAACUUUUCAACCGGUGGUAGUCCCCUCGUGGCGGAAUCCGGCGAUGAGAGCCGUCUCCAGCGGCUCGGAGCCCGCUCCGUUGGUUUCGAUAAGGGAAACGGUACCAGGCGACUCGGCCAAGCUGUGGCUCAAGCAACCGCCAGCUGUCGUGGACAGCGAUGAUUCCCGCGAGCAGAUCGUGCGGUGCCCGCUUGCUGAGAACGGGUCCUUGAUGUCUCUCGCCUUCGAGUCCGACGAACAGGUCCCACCAAGGCCGAGUCAUCGGUGGGGCUCGCUGGUGUAUGAGGCCGUGAUUGACCGUGAUAACACCACGGUCGUUUCUACUUCGGGUAUGAAUUCGUGGUAA